AUGUCUCUCGUGCCCGUCGACACCACGCUGCAAGUCCCACCUCCUGACCCGGUUCAGGAGCCCCCUGAGGUGGCCAUCACGCCCUGCGACCCAUGGCCUGCACCAUACUAUCUUGAAGGCGGCCUGCGUCGGGUGAAGCCAUACCACUACACCUACAACACUUUCUGCAAGGAGCGCUGGCGGGGUCGUGAAUUGGUGGACAUUUUCCUGUCGGAGUUUCGCGAUCGUCCCGCAGAGUACUACAGGAAAGCCCUACAGGAUGGCCUCGUCGCCGUCAACGGCACGCCUGCUGGUCCCAACACCGUCGUCAAGAACGGCCAGAUCAUCUCGCAUACUCUGCACCGUCACGAACCCCCCGUCACCGGGAAAGAGAUUGGUAUCAUCCACGAGGAUGACGAUUUGAUUGUCAUUGAUAAGCCUGCCGGUGUGCCCGUCCACUCCGCCGGUCGCUACCACUACAACUCUGUGCUCGAAAUCAUGCGCUCUCAACGCCAUCCGGAAUGGGUCCCACGACCCUGCAACCGUCUGGACCGACUCACAUCCGGAGUCAUGUUCCUCGGAAAGACACCGAAAGCUGCAGAAAACAUGACUGGCAAGCUCAAGGCCCGCACCCUCCAGAAGGAGUAUGUGGCGCGCGUCAAGGGAAAGUUCCCCGACGGUGUCAUUGUCUGCGACCAGCCCAUCAUGUCCGUGAGCCCGAAGGUAGGCUUGAACCGCGUUCGCGCCACUGGCAAGGAGGCAAAGACCAAGUUCCGUCGUUUGGCGUAUGUCCCGCCUCAAGCCCCGGAGCCUCAGAGCGCCCCCGACGCAGAGGGACGUGUGGCGACUCCGCCUCCGGUCUACACAAACGAAGACGAAGGAUACAGUAUCGUCCACUGUUUGCCCUUGACCGGCCGCACGCAUCAGAUUCGCGUGCACCUUCAGUUCCUCGGACACCCGAUCUCGAACGAUCCCAUCUACUCCAACCGCAAAGUCUUUGGACCGGAUCUUGGCAAGAACGAAACCAGCGACGAGCGCGACAACGAGCUCAUCGACAAGCUAUGUAACAUUGGCAAGACCGAAGUCCCCGACACCGUAAGCUACCGGACGCACCUUACCACUGUGCCUAUGGUACCGCCAGGCACGGACAACUCCGUCGUGGAGGAGAUCAUGUCGCGCGAGCACGAAGCCGCCGUGGAGAGAUACCACAAGCGCAAAGGCGAGAUGUUGUCCGGCGAGAGGUGUAAGAUCUGCGACACAGAGCUGUACUCGGACCCUAGACCCGAGGAUCUAGGUAUUUUCCUCCACGCCGCGGCAUACUCUGACAAAGAGGAGGGCUGGAAAUACACUAGCAAGAUGCCUAGCUGGGCCCUGCCGCCGGACGGUGUGGAGGGACCGCGCGAGAUGCCCGACUGGGUGUUUGGUCCUGAGGAAGAGGAGAUCGUUAUCGGACAUGCUGUUUUGCCUGGCGCGGAGGACGGCUCGGAGACGAAUAUCCCUGCUCUUGUGCAGGGUGUUGGCCUCGUCGAUAUUUCGUCUGGUAGAAAGGCAGAUGCUGCUGCGCAGGCGGCUGCAUGA